CUGUGUUAAGUAGUGAUAACUACUACAUGGAUGUUAGUAUAGAAAUGGGUAGGAAAUUUUUCUGUACUUUUGUUCAUGCACCCUCUACAGCUGUUAGUAGAAGGGAUUUUUGGGAGCAACUUAGCUCUCUGCGGAGUAGUAGGGAUGAUAACUGGGUGGUUGUAGGGGACUUCAAUGCUGCGGUUUAUGAGAAUGAAAAGGAAGGGAGAUGCCCUCUUAGGUACGAGAAUGUUGAACCCUUUAAGAGAUUCAUAUUCCAAAAUGCUCUUAUUGAUCUCAGAUACAAAGGGGAACCUUUCACUUGGACCAAUAAGAGAACGGGCCAAAACCUGACGAGGGUGAGAUUGGAUCGUGUGCUCUGCUCAACAUCCUGGCGUGCACAAUUUGGAGAAGCAGUGGUCUUCCAUGAGAAAAUGGUGGAGUCUGAUCACUGCCCGAUCAGACUUGAGCUUCACUAUCGUGGUAACAGGAGGAAGAAGACACCCUUUAGGAUUGAUGGAAGAUGGUUGGAGAAAGAAGAAUGCAAGGAGAUAAUAGCAAGAGCGUGGGACCCGGGAGGACUCUCAACUGACCAGCUGACCAAAUGUCAAAGAGAUUUAAAAGAGUGGGCUAAAGACUUCCAUAAGAGUAGUAUGCAAAGGGAGCAAGAUAUACUUUCUAAGCUCGAAAGUCUUCAACAACCGCCAAGAACGACAGAGAAUGUGGAGGAGGAAAAGAGGUUGACUAUCGAGCUGACUAAGUUGUGGAGGGAUGAAGAAGAGUUCUGGAGUCAAUGCUCGAGAGUUAACUGGCUCCAAAAAGGUGAUCAAAAUACUUCUUUCUUUCAUUCAAGCACUAUCCAGAGGAAGCAUAGGAACAAAAUUCUGAAACUCCAAGAUGGAGAAGGAAAUUGGAUCGAAGAUGAGAAUAGCCUUAAAAAUCUAGCAGAAGGUUUUUACAAAGAACUCUUUAAGGCCAGGAAUCCUUUUCCCUUUAACCAUUUGUUAGAAGGCUUCCCUGAAAAGGUGACUACGGAGAUGAACGAGGAUCUUUGUGCUACGGUGACUAACGGGGAAAUUAGAAAAGCUGUUUUCUCCCUGGGAGCUCGCAAAGCUCCGGGUCCCGAUGGGUUCUCAGGAAUUUUUUAUAGGAGAUACUGGGAUAUUUUAGGGGACACAUUAUGUCGAGAAGUUCGAGGAUUCUUUGAAACUGCGAACAUGCCAGAUGGAUGGAAUGAAACUCACAUUGCAAUGAUUCCCAAGGUCGACAACCCGGAGUUGAUAAGCCAGUACCGUCCUAUUAGUUGCUGUAAUUUUAGAUACAAGAUCAUAUCUAAGAUUAUGACAACGCGUCUUAAGAGGUGGACUCCAGAGCUGGUUUCAGAGCUCCAAACAGCAUUCACUGGGGGAAGGCUUAUUCAAGAUAACAUUAUCAUUGUCCAUGAAGCCCUUCACCAUUUCAAGAACCACAAGCUUGGGCGUAGGAGGGAUAUGAUGUUGAAACUGGAUAUGAAGAAGGCUUACGAUAUGGUGGAUUGGGAUUGUCUGGAGGCUCUUCUCAAGAAAUAUGGGUUUGACAAUAGAUGGUGUGGUUGGGUCAGUGCAUGCAUUAGAACGGUCAGCUUCUCCAUUCUGUUCAAUGGAGAAGCAACUGACUCGUUCAAGCCUUCCCGGGGAAUUCGACAAGGAGACCCACUAUCGCCUUUCUUAUUCAUUCUCAUGUCUAACGCCCUUACCUUCCUUAUUGAUAAGGCUGUGGAGAGUGAUAAGUUGAAAGGGAUUAAACUGAAUUCCAGAUGUCCAGUGCUCACUCACUGCCUGUUUGCUGAUGACACGGUUAUUUUCGGGAAAGCAGAUUAUCAAGAAGCGCAAAAUAUUAUAGAUAUCAUUGGGGAGUAUGGAGCUAUCACAGGCCAAGAAGUUAAUAUUAACAAGUCUUCAGUGUUCUUUAGUGCUAAUGUCCCCGACGAUGUGAAAGAUCAUAUUAUUGCGAGCAUUGGAUUUGCUUCCUCGAAUUGCCACUCAAAGUAUCUUGGAGUCCCGACGGAAUGGGGAAAUUCGAAGAAGGAAACUUUUAAUUUCCUCAUUCAAAGGAUGGAAAAAAUGGGGGAGGCAUGGAAAAGUCUCCUUCUCUCUCAUGGGGGAAAAGAAAUACUUCUGAAAGCGGUUAUUCAAGCUAUUCCAUCCUUUAUCAUGUUCUUAUUCUAUCUCCCAAAAUCCCUCACCAAGAGAAUGGACUCUCUCCUUAGUAACUUCUUUUGGUCAGGGUCUAUGCAAAAGAGUAGCCUCCAUUGGUGUAGGAAAGAGAUUCUUUGUCUGCCUAAGUCAGAGGGAGGCCUGGGCUUCAGGAGCUUCAAUGACUUUAACCUUGCUCUACUGGCUAAGCAGGCCUGGCGCCUCCUCACGACCCCUGAUUCUUUGUGGAGCAGGCUCCUUAAAGGGUUGUACUUCCCCAGAGGUGAUUUUCUUAAUGCUAAAAAGGGAAGCAGAGCGUCGUGGAUCUGGGCUAGUCUCUGGGAGGCAAAGAAGGUGAUUGGGUUAGGGGCAGUUAGAGUGAUUGGUUCAGGUGAAGAAGCGUGGGUCGAUCAAGACCCAUGGAUCCCCUUUUUGGAGGGUUAUACUCUCAGGACUGGCCCCCAGAAUCAUCGGAAGGUCAACGAGUGGAUUGACCCAGGAGAAAGGAAAUGGAAGACGGAUGUAAUCAAGGGACAUGUAUCUGACUCAGAACUUGAAGCUAUUCUCAGGAUACCCAUUGGGGAGGAGGGAGCAGAAGACUUUUGGGCCUGGAACUUCAAUGAGGAGGGAAGAUUUACUGUGAGAUCUGCAUACCAUAAGAUUCACAGAGCCAACACUAGUGCUCAACCAAGCGGGAAUACUGAUAAAUGGAAGUGGAUUUGGAGCCUUCACCUCCCCCCGAAGCUGAAGUUUUUUGUUUGGAGAUGCUCCAGGAACGGGUUAGCAACGAAAGAGAGACUGCUCCAGAGAAAAUGUGCUCCCAACUCUUCGUGUCAGGUGUGUCAGAAUCCCGUGGAAACGAUUAAUCACUGCCUGUUCCAUUGUCCUCAUGCCAAGGUGGCUUGGAAUGAGUUGUUUCCGUCCCUUCCUUUACCCCCUCAGGGAACCUUGUUCUUUGACUGGUUAUGCUCCCUUAAAGAUGUCGUCCAGCAAAGCUCUUUGAUCCAUAUUAUCUUCCUGUGCUGGAAUAUUUGGAAGGCAAGAAACGAAUGCUCUUUCAAAGGUAGAGUCCCGUGGCCUCCAAAUGUGUGUCAAUGCACCUAUAAAGAGCUCACUGAAUGGAAUUCGUGUCCGAGGUCCCCACCUCCCCUGCCUUCCCACCCCACUCAGCUCAGGGGAACCCAGUCUCAUACGAAUCCUCCGCCAAGUAAUCAGUCUUUGAUGAUUCACUGUGAUGGGUCGUUUAUUAGCGACUCCCAGCCGGCGGCAUAUGGUGUUGUGGUUGUUAACCACCAUGGACAAGUGUGUGAUGGGAGAGCUGAGAAUCUUCUUUGUUCCACCCCAAUUGAAGCGGAAACUAAGGCCCUUCUCGAAGGAGUGAAAUUAGCUCAAGAAUAUGGAUCCGAGUGUACGGUUCUAUCCGACUGCCAGGUGCUGGUGAAAGCUUUGGACAACGAUCGCUCUCGAGGGCCGUGGAGGUGUGCAGCCUGGAUCAGUUCGAUUGUUUCUAUCCUUCGGACAAACCCUCUCAUCAAAAUCAAAGAAGUGCCCAGAACACUUAAUGUCAGAGCGGACUGGGUUGCACGUUCGAAAGCUAGAGCGUCUCUGCCUGAUGAUUGGAUUAAUAUUCUUGAUCUCAUUUCUGAUCUUCUUUAAAGAAUUGUAACCGAGUUUCUCAGCUUUCAUUUGAUUGGUGGAAUAAAAGUUGAUACCCUUUGUCAAAAAAAAAAAAAAAAAUCAGAGACUGCUGAGUUAUAGCUAGCCCCUACUUAUGGUUCGUAAUGUGCAGCGGCGUAUCCAGAACACAGAAAUGCACUGGACCGCAUUUUAUUAGAAAAUUAGAAUAGUAAAAAAGUAUCAUGAUUAUAAUUUUUUUACAAUGUAAAUUGUACACGACGGUAUUUUAAUUUAGCGAAUGCAUUAAUGGAGUGCACAUCCAUACCAAUAGUAUACACUGUUUCAAAUAAAAUACUUGAGCAAUCGACUAGAAAUUCAUCGCUCAUUUUGUUGCGCAAAUCAAUUUUCACGUGUUUCAUUGUUGAAAAGGUUCUCUUCGUAUUAGCUGUUGAAACAAGCAGCAUCAACACUAGACAAAUCAAUCUACCAAUCAAUUUGCAUUGUGUUUCCAUCCCUAUAUCCACCCGCUGCUCUAGUAAAUUUUCAAGGUAACA